UAAAACGCGAGAUUUUUCUACAUUUUUUAGUUUCACUUUUUUUCUUUUUCGCGCGAUUCAAACCUCUCUCAACUCUUGCUCCGCCUCCUCCCUCCUCUCUCAAUUUCACUCGUUCAGUACUGCCAUCGUCCACUUUCCAUUAAAGGUUAUUGGGUUUUACAAAAUUGUGCAAUACUUUGUUCCUUCAAAUUGUUCGAAGAAGCCCAAAAAAUGCAUAAGAAUAAGGGAAGAAACAAAGGGAGACCCUCUACGAGACAAAUGGAUAGGAAGGACCAAAACAUGGAAACUGAUAACCAAGAAAUUGCCACUGAGAUCCAAAAAAUGGACAUGAGGAAGAUUUCGAAACAGAUUGAGCUUUUGGGUUCUUCUCAUAUGACAUGGAAGCAAAGGAAGGAGUUGGAGAAUAGGAAAGUGAUUUCUCUAGGUGGAAAGCCUCCAAAGAAGCAGAGACUUCCUCUAAGUAUAGCAAGAGUGGUAAUGAAGAAUCAAAAGGAAAGGGAGAAAAAACUGCUGGAACAGAAUAUGGUUCUUGGACGUUUUGGUGGCAAUUUCAGUGGUGGUUCUAAAAGAUCAAUGGAGAAGCAAAGGCCUGAGAACAGGGUUCUGAAAGCAAGUGAAGGUCGCUUUAGAAAUGGUGUACUUGAUGUUAAGCAUUUGUUACAUGCAACUCCAUCUAGAGACCGCAGCGCUGGUGCCCAUGUGUUUAGAGAGAACAAGAAGGGAAAUGGAAAGCAGAACAAAGGUAAGAAAAUGAUCGGUAUGGGCCCUUGAAUGCAUGAAGAUGGAAAAUCGUUUCGAACAAAAGAGCAGAAAGAUUUUGCUUCUAUUUGUUCUCCUAUUGGCAUUUGAGCUCAAAUAGUAGUGUGAUCCAUCCUACAACUACUUGUACUGACAUUAGUAAUUAGCAUAGAGUUAGAAAAUCUUCUCUUUCUGUGUUUUUCUUCCUUGCGCUUAGAAAUGUUUGCAAUACUUGCCCCUGAAUUUUGUUUUCUACCAUUUGAGGCUAGACUAGCCAAAUGCCUAUAUUUCA